AUGUCAAACAUUGAUGAUAUCCUUCUUGGAAUUACCAAUUCCUUAAAACGUCUUCAAGAAGCUCAAGAAGCUCAAUUGGCUGAACAAUCCACUAUUGAAAAGGUUCCACAACCAAAGUCUACUGAUAUUGCUAAAUUCACCAAUGAAUAUUUCGAUAAGGCUGCUGAUGAUUAUAUUGAAUUCACUUACAAGAACCCAACUAUUUAUCACGUUGUUCAGCAUUUCAAAAAACAACUUGAACUGAAAGGCUUCACUUAUCUUCCAGAAAGUAGUUCUUGGUCCGAUUUGAAAGCUGGUAAAUAUUUUACUGUUAGAAACGGUUCUUCUCUUGCUGCUUUUGUGAUUGGUAAAAAUUGGAAACCUUCAAGAGGUGUUGGUGCCAUUGGUUCUCAUAUUGACUCUCUUACUACUGUCUUGAAACCAAAUUCAACUAAAGAAAAAGUUGAUGGGUAUGAAUUAUUGGGAGUUGCUCCUUAUGCUGGUACUUUAGGUGAUGUCUGGUGGGAUAGAGAUUUAGGUGUUGGUGGUAGAUUGUUAGUUAAGGAUGGCAAAGGUAAAGUUAGUCAAAAAUUAGUUGAUUCUACUCCACAUCCAAUUGCCCAUAUUCCUACUCUUGCUCCACAUUUUGGUGCCCCAGCUAUUGGUCCAUUCAAUACUGAGACUCAAGCUAUUCCAGUUAUUGGAUUUACUGGUGAAGGUGAGAAAGAAGAUGAACCUACUGAAGAUGAAAAGAAGUCUCCAUUGUAUGGUAGACAUCCAUUGAAAUUGUUAAGAUAUAUUGCUAAACUUGCUAAUGUUGAAGUUUCUGAUAUCUUGCAAUGGGAUUUACAACUUUAUGAUGUUCAAAAGGGUACUAAAGGUGGUCUUAACAAGGAAUUUGUUUUUGCACCAAGAGUUGAUGAUAGAGCUUGUUCAUUUGCUGCCCUUAAUGCCUUGGUUGAAUCCACUGUUGAUGGCACUUUGGCUGAUGAUUCCUUCUCAAUUGUUGGAUUGUACGAUAAUGAAGAAAUUGGUUCUUUAACUAGACAAGGUGCUAAAGGGGGAUUAUUAGAAUUGGUUGUUUCAAGAGUUUUAUCUUCAGAAUUUGUUAACCCAGAUGGUGUCGAUGUCCAAGAAACUUUAAGAUUGACAUAUGCCAACUCUAUUGUGUUGUCAGCUGAUGUCAACCAUUUGUUUAAUCCAAAUUUCAAAGAAGUUUAUUUGGAACAUCAUAAACCAUUACCAAAUGUUGGUGUCACUUUAGCAUUGGAUCCAAAUGGACACAUGGCUACUGAUUCAAUUGGUCUUGCUUUGGCUGAAGAAUUUGCCAAAAAGAACGGCGAUAAAGUUCAAUACUUCCAAAUUAGAAAUGAUUCCAGAUCAGGUGGUACCAUUGGUCCUUCUAUUUCCUCUCAAACUGGUGCCAGAACAAUUGAUUUGGGUAUUCCACAAUUGUCCAUGCAUUCUAUUAGAGCUACUCUUGGUAGUAAAGAUAUUGGUUUAGGUAUUAAAUUCUUCUAUGGUUUCUUCAAAAACUGGAGAGAAACUUAUGACAAUUUUGUUGAUUUAUAG